AACAUUUUACAUUUAGAAGUUGGAACACAUGGCUGCUUCUAAGCUGCUUAUCCCCACUCUCGCCCACUUCCGCCCACUAACAUGCGCCGCCGCCUCAUACUCAGCGCGGCUGGUUCCUCAACCACCGGACCUCCUCAAGUGGGUCAAGAGGGAAGGUGGGUUCGUGCACGAGGCAGUGACGAUAGCGCAGGAUACCACCUACGGGCUAGGCCUCGUCGCCUCUGGGGAAAUCCCCAGAGGCUCUGAUCUUAUCGUCCUCCCUCAUCACGUUCCUUUGAAGUUCCAUUCAGACAAAGAAGACGCGGCUGACUCUGUCUUGCUCCAUUUGUCUAACCAAGUUCCCGAGGAACUAUGGGCAAUGAAGUUGGGUCUGAAGCUUCUACAAGAAAGAGCAAAGGUUGGAUCCUUUUGGUUGCCCUACAUCGGCAAUCUCCCGGAAACUUACACUGUACCAAUCUUCUUUGCUGGAGAGGAUAUAAAGAACUUGCAAUAUGCUCCUCUUCUUUACCAGGUGAACAAAAGGUGCCGUUUUCUUCUGGAGUUUGAGCAAGAAGUAAAAAAUGUUCUUAAAAAGCUCAAACCAAGUGAACAUCCUUUCAGUGGCCAAGAUGUAGAUGCAUCGUCCCUUGGAUGGGCAAUGUCAGCAGCCUCAUCCAGGGCAUUUCGAUUACAUGGGAAAAAGCUUACCGAUGGAACCCACAGUGAUAUCCCAAUGAUGCUCCCUCUGAUCGAUAUGUGCAACCAUAGCUUCAACCCAAAUGCCCGGAUUUUGCAAGAACAAAAUUCUGGGAAUCCAAAUAUGCUAAUAAAGGUUGUAGCUGAAAAGGAGAUCAAACAAAGUGAUCCUUUACUUCUGAAUUAUGGCCGUCUUAGCAAUGAUUUUUUCCUUCUGGAUUAUGGAUUUGUUAUACAGUCAAAUCCGUAUGACCAUAUUGAGCUCAAAUACAAUGGGGCUCUUAUGGAUGCUGCAAGUAUGGCGGCGGGUGUUUCUUCACCCAAUUUCUCAUCACCAGCUCCAUGGCAACAAGAAGUUCUGUCUCAGCUUAAUUUAUUUGGGGAAGCUCCAAAUCUCAAGGUAACCAUAGGAGGUCCUGAUUUGGUAGAGGGGCGCUUAUUGGUUGCUUUACGAGUUCUACUAUCGAAUGACAUAGAAACGGUGCAGGGGUACGAUUUUCGUGUCCUAAAAUCUUUAUCAGCUGAAGCUCCCCUAGGAGUUGCGAAUGAAGUAGCUGUGUUUCGUACCAUUAUUGCACUCUGCGUGAUUGCACUGGGACACUUCCCAACAAAGAUAAUGGACGACGAGUCUCUGCUAAAACAAGGCGUUUCCGUUUCAACCGAGUUGGCAUUACAGUUCCGGAUGCAGAAGAAAUCCUUGAUUAUAGAAGUUAUGAGAGAUCUCACCAAAAGAGUAAAGUUUCUUUUAUCAAAGGAGACAAGUACUGCAUGAGGCUAAAUUUCUUAUGGUGUAGCAUCAUUCAACAGCACCUUGCUCCUCCUUUGACACCUUCUUCUGGUUAUAAGGUUCUCUGCUGGAUUUAGCAAUUUAACUUUUUACA